AUGGCUGGUGUGGUGCUCGGUAUUUUUGCCGUCGCCUCGAUUCUGAUGAUGAUUUCGUUGCAUCACAUCGAAGAAGGUCAUGUCGGAGUCUACUUCAGAGUAGGUUACUUUGGUGGAGCUUUGUUGACAAAAGUCAGUGCACCAGGUUACCACUUGAUGAUUCCGUUUGUAACGUCGGUUAAAAGCGUGCAGGUUACAUUGCAAACGGAUGAAGCCAAAAACGUACCUUGUGGCACAAGUGGAGGAGUUAUGAUAUAUUUUGAUAGGAUUGAAGUUGUAAAUAUUCUCAGUGCCAGCAGUGUAUAUGACAUUGUAAAGAACUACACGGUGGAUUAUGACAAACCGCUCAUCUUCAAUAAAGUUCAUCAUGAGGUCAAUCAGUUCUGUUCAAGUCAUUCACUUCAAGAGACGAAGCUUCUUGUAGCCGUGCAACAUCAGAAAGUCGUCGAGAAGGAGGCAGAAACUGAUCGAAAGAAAGCGGUCAUUGAAGCUGAAAAGAAAGCGCAGGUAGCUGCUAUAAUGCAUAAACAAACUAUUGCGGAAAAAGAAACCCAGAAAAAGAUCAGCCAAUUGGAGGACGAAAGCCAUCUGGCCUCCCAGAAAGCAAAAGCUGACGCUGAGUUCUACAGGGCUCAAAAAGAAGCCGAAGCCAACCGACUUCUGCUUACUCCCUUCAGAGAAUAUCUGGAGCUGAGGCGAAUCGAGGCAAUCGCCAAGAACAACAAGAUUUUCUAUGGACAAGAUAUUCCAAGCGUAUUCUUCCACACGGAUGACGUGGCAGCGAUGGCACAGUCGGCAACGACGGCGUCGAAAAAUCCAUCAAAGUAA